GGGGUGUGUUCUUUUAAUUAUGUGGUUUGGGCAGCUCUGAACUUGGCAUUCUUCCACUACACCGCUGAUUGGCUCACCUAGCAUUGAGCCUCCCAUUUCGCCACGUCCAGCAGAGCUGGAGCUGCAUGUGGAGAGUGGGGGAAGAUUAUGAACCCAAGUUCGGAAAAAUUCUAGAGUGGGUGAAACUCCACCGGGAUGAAGGAAGGAGAUGUGGAUGUGUGAGAUUUGCGGGAGGGCAGUUAAACUCUCUCCUACUUGGAGCCUACACAGGUCCCACACUACUCGCAGAAUCCUGUGUUGAGUCAGAACUGGUAAGGCUCCAGGUAAAUCCCUAGCAGAAGAGUGAAAACAGGCCGUGCAAAUCCAGUGGCUCACCCAGCAUGGAGCAUUUCUUCAGCGAGAGGAGCAUGGAUGUUACACAAAGUUAUGUUCUAAGGGGUGCAAGCCAAAUUUCAGAGAGGUUUAGCGACCACGUUUCGGACAGCCACUGUCCUGUUUUUCUAUCGGCUGCUUCUUGACGGGAAUUGGGGUAGUUUUCAACUAGCAAACGGCGCACCUCCGCUAAGCGUCACUGAUAGCGCUAUUGCCCCUUUGGCACUUGGACCAAAGGAUGGAGACUUCGAUUCCUUGCCUGUUGACUGAAUCCAGCAAGCAUGUAUCACUUUUGCACCCUUUUCAGGCAGGCCCACCUGAAACAGCAGGAACUCAUGCUUCAUCAUGCCCUUCUGAUUUUAGUAGAGGACUCUGACUUUGGAGACUGGCCCUUGUGGCGGGGUGAAAGAACACAAAGUUGUCAACACCCGUUGUCCGGCCCAGAAGACAUAAAGCCACCCCGGUUCGCGCUGAGCGCUCAGCUCCAGGACAGUCGCAGCCGCACCACCGCCCGAUGAGGGCGGGAAACACUGCCAGCGGAUGAGCUCGCACCUGAAAACGCCAAAGGCGAACCAAAAAGGGCGGACUGCACCGCUCCGGGUGAGAACAACACUGGGGCCAAGUUGGAACACGUACUUUUCCAAUCCCCAAAUAUGGUCUUGGAAUUGUGUUUUUUGGCAGCUAUGUAUAAACUGACUGGCCCCGCCACAUACAUGAACACAUGUGCUGUUCAACUCUUGAUUCCCCACUUGGUUUCGCAGUGUUCUGCAACACAUGUCAAGUGCAGUGAACAGCUUGGCUCAAAAGUAUCUCGCGCUGCAACAGCUUUAAAGGUUCACCGCAAGAGAUGGCUCGUCCGACUUUGUUGCCUUUGGCCCUGUGCAUGGCUGCUGUGCUCCUCUUGAAGUCGACCACCUUCGUUCAGGCUCCAGCCCGAACAGUGGAGGGCCCUCAGCAUCAGCUGCGAGUCUUGGAGACAGCUUCCAUGUCAACGGGCCUCGCUAUGGCUGGCUCUUUGCCAGCCUUUGCCACAUGGGGUGAGGGCUCUGAGUCUGGUCAAAACAUCGACCCCGACUCCACCGAGUACUACAACCGAAAGGUCCUGAACGCCACGGCCAUUUGUUUGACUUUUGCUGUCUUCCUGUUCGGCCUUGUCGUGUCGCAGGCCCGAAAGCUUGUGGAGAACAAGUGGCUGAACUGAGCCGCUGCAAAGGUUUUUUGCACAAUCAGCACAAUUCUUGCAAGAGGCUUGCUUGGCCCAACUUGAAUGGCAGAAACAAAGUGAUUGUG